AUAAUCUACCAACGCAUCCAGGAACACACCCGAAAACACAGGACUUUCUCUCUCUCAAACACACACACUCUCUCUCACACACAUAAGAACACAGUCAGACGGUUAGCCAUGGUGAUCAAGCUAGAGAAAACCCUAUCAAGCGACAUGAAUGCAAGAAUCAUAGGUUCAGGAAAAGAAACUCUGGUUUUAGCUCAUGGCUAUGGCGGAGACCAGUCUGUUUGGGACAAGGUUCUUCCUGGACUGAGUCAGACUUACCAAGUUGUUGUUUUCGACUGGAGUUUCUCCGGCGCCAUUAAAGAUCCAAACACCCUCUUUGAUCCUGCCAUAUACUGCUGUUAUGAUGCUUUUUCUGAUGACCUGACUGCCCUUCUUGAAGAGUUGAACUUAGAUUCGACGGUGUUUGUCGGCCACUCCAUGUCUGGCAUGAUUGGAUGCAUUGCUUCCAUAAAAAAGCCUCAUCUCUUCAAAAGGCUCAUCCUUAUUGGAUCGUCUCCAAGGUAUGUAAAUUCAGAAAGCUAUGAAGGUGGAUUUGAUAUCAAAGACAUUGAACAACUAUUCUCAACUAAAACUGUAUUCUUAUCGGACCAUUGUGACAUUCUUGAAAAGGUUGUAAUCCCAUGCACCAUAGUCCAAACAACAAACGACAUUGUUGUUCCAUUAUCAGUUGUUGAGUACAUGAUGAAGAUGAUCAAGGGAGAAUCAACUGUUGAGAUGAUUGAUACCGUGGGACAUUUUCCUCAACUCACUGCCCCUCUUAAGCUUCUUGAAAUCAUUGAUAGAUUGAUGAAUGUUUGCUUAUCUUAA